CACAGCCUCCUGCGUUACUUCCCGGCCGGUUCCCGGAGCCGCAUGUGUGGAGCAGCGUAAAGGCAGGGCUGUAGCUGGACCUCGGUGGCGGUCGGGGUGUACUCUGUCACUUUCUGCCGGACUCCGAGAGUGUGGUAGCCUCCUUUUGGGGUGAGGACCGCGCGGCUGCAGCAUGCCUCACAGGAAGAAAAGGCCGUUUAUAGAGAAGAAGAAAGCUGUGUCUUUUCACCUGGUCCACCGGAGCCAACGAGAUCCUUUAGCAGCAGAUGAGACUGCACCCCAGAGGGUUCUGUUGCCUACACAGAAAAUAAAAGAUGAAGAAAGGCGAGCAGAGCAGAGGAAGUAUGGCGUGUUCUUUGAUGAUGACUAUGACUACCUGCAGCACCUGAAGGAACCAUAUGGGCCCUCGGAGCUCAUUCCCACAAGUACUUUCAGUGCACUCAGCGGGGGAGAUGGGAAAGAAGAAACUUCAGUAACUUCAGCCACUGCAAUUAAGUUGCCUUCGUCAGUGUUUGCAUCAGAGUUUGAAGAAGAUGUUGGAUUGUUAAAUAAAGCAGCUCCUGUUUCAGGACCUCGGCUGGAUUUUGAUCCUGACAUUAUUGCAGCUCUUGAUGAUGAUUUUGAUUUUGAGAAUCCAGAUAAUUUGCUUGAAGAUGAUUUUAUUCUUCAGGCUAAUAAGCCAACAGAAGAGGAAGAGGGGAUGGAGAUACAGAAAUCUGAUGCGGGAGAUGACAGUGAGUGGGAAGAUGUGGAUGAUGAGAAGGAAAACGGUAGUGAUGACGAUAACUAUGACCCUGCCGGCUCAUCAGACGAGGAUACGUCUGCCCCUGGGAAGCCUCUUGGGGCUGUAGAAAAUCACUUGUUCUGGGAGGAGGAAACAAAAAGUCGCUUUACAGAUUAUUCUAUGACAUCCUCAGUCAUGAGGAGAAAUGAACAGCUGACCCUGCAUGAUGAGAGAUUUGAGAAGUUUUACGAGCAGUAUGAUGAUGAUGAAAUUGGAGCUCUGGAUAAUGCUGAAUUGGAAGGUUCCAUUCAAGUAGAUGGCAGUCGCUUAGAGAAAAUUUUGAAUGACUACUAUAAAGAGAAGGCAGAGAAUUGUAUAAAACUGAAUACUCUUGAACCCUUCGAGGAUCAGGGCCUGCCAGUGAAUGAACUUGAGGGGUCUGAGGAAGAAGAGAUUGUUACUGUAGUUCUUGAAGAAGCCAAAGAGAAGUGGGAUUGUGAAUCUAUAUGUAGUACAUACUCAAAUUUAUAUAACCAUCCACAGCUUAUCAAGUAUCAACCGAAGCCCAAACAAAUCCGACUGUCUUCUAAAACAGGAAUACCUCUGGAUGUCUUACCUAAGAAAGGACUCACAGCAAAGCAAGUUGAACGAAUGCAGAUGAUUAAUGACAGUGAUCUGCCUAAGGUGUCAACCCAACCACGUUCUAAAAAUGAAAGCAAAGAAGAUAAAAGAGCAAGAAAACAAGCUAUAAAAGAAGAGCGCAGGGAACGGAGAGUGGAGAAGAAAGCUAACAAAUUAGCCUUCAAACUGGAGAAGAGAAGGCAGGAGAAAGAGCUUCUGAACUUGAAGAAAAAUGUUGAGGGUCUAAAGCUAUGACAGCGGAACAUGAGGAUAAGAUGCAUUCCUCCUUAAGGGCUCCUUGUUAUGUUCAGUAAUGAAGGAGGAUCUUCAAAGAGAUAGAGCUGUUUGAUCUGCCGUUUUUACAGGCAGGUAUUGAAAAGAAAACAAUACAGUGUUUAUACCAGCAAGUUUUCUCUGCCAGCUGUCUGGUAAAUAUGGUAAUAUUUUAAAAUUUAGUAUUAUACGCUUACAUUUUCUCUGAAAUAAAUGACUUCAUGUACAUGAAAUGUUUGGAUAAAUUAAAGGAAAUGUCUUCAUAACUUAAAUGGAAUUGAUUUGUUCUUCAUUUAUUUGUAUGGGUUGUCCCAGUUGCCUUUUGCAGAUGUUCUCAAAUAUUUCUUUGAAAGCUUUCCACUCCUUUUCAGAAGUUAAGUGGUUUAAUUUGCUGUAUGUAGAAAAGCAACCAAGUUAAAAACCCAAAUUUGAAAUAGAGUGGCAAAAAAUUUUCCUUGAGAAAGUUUGACUGGUAGGAAGCUCUUUCCCCUUGCUGUGUACAAAAGCUUAUUUCAAAAGGAAGGUAAAACAAUAUUGAGGUUGUUGGGAAUCAAUUACUGGCUGACUUUUUUUUUUUUUUUUUGGAGUUUAGGAACAGUGAAGACAGGAAACAGCAGAAAUAAUCAAGAAAACUUCCUUGGCUUCUUUGAGUACCUGGCUUAAAAUCUGAAAUAUUUACUUCAGUUUAAACUAGAAAGUUUGUCUUUUCAACAUUAUUUAAUGCUUGGAACCAUUCAUACUUGAUUUAAAAACAUAGUUGAAAACUUUCCCGGUUUUUUGAUGAGAUUUUUUUAACUUCUUAACUUUUUUGAGGCUCAAGCAAUGACACCAUCACCAUUGUUAAUUAUUUGGUAAACUGUGACUUUCUUGCAGCAGGCGAGUUGUUAGUGACCCUUGUUCAGGUGUCCAUGACUAAUGUGUUGUGAUCUGGACUGUCUGGAAAACUGUUGGUCUGAGCUGGGUACCAAAUGGCUGAGGCAGAACCAUUUUUAGCAGGUGAGCUGCAUUUGCUAUCUAAAGUAUCAGAAAGUGUCUUCAUCUAUAAUUCCUUUAUGGCUUUUCCUAAGCUGAUAGUUGUUAAUCUUGUCCUAUAAAUUUUCAAUUCUAAAUAUAAGCAAUUACUGUAGAAUUUUUUAAAAAGAGUUGUGAAAAACAAUAGCAUUAGGUACUCUACCAGCAUUAAUACCAAAAAACUCAGCUGAAAACCUUGUCAUUACAGAAGUAGAAUGCUGGAGAUUAUGUAUUUAAAUGCCAACCUGCAGAAGCAAAGGGCCAAAUAAUGGUAUAUGUUGGUGUUGGGAAUGUACUAAACCCUAAAGAUAUUGACCGUUUAUUUUGGUAGCUCUUUCAAUUGAAGGUUCUUAAAACAAGCAAGAAUCUUAUAGAUGUGGAAUGUUACUUGAACCUGGUGCUAUUCAGGUGCCUGUCUUUGGAGCUUCUAAUUUCACCACACCUUACCCUAAUGGCUUAAGCGAUCAUAUUACAUAUUUUGCAGUCAAGAGAAUGUGACUGAAAACUGCUGCUCUGGUAAAGCAUGUUAUGAUUUAGGCUAUUUAUCCUCCAAAUGUAAAGAUCCUGAUUUUAUUCUGUAGAAAAAGUUCUUAUAUAGUAUUUUGCAUUAUUUCAUAACAUUUUGGAAUAUUUAUGAUGUGAGUCAUAUGUAAAUAAUGGUUGGGAACUUAAGCUCCAUGCUAAAUGUUGGGUGUCCAGAGCAAUGAGAGGGUUUUGCCCUCAAGGAUGCAUCAUUGUCUUAGGAGGCAGGGUGUGUGGAACAAAAAUAUAACUAGCAAUGCCAAGUCACUGUGAUAAGUACCUCUUGAAAUGAAGAUCUCAGUACUUGCUGUUCUCCCUGAAGUGCUCUUGCUGCAAAUAAAUCUUCCUUAAGGAUGGUGCUCAGUUGUCACCUCCCUUAUAAACUUUUCCAUGACCAUGUAAUUAAAAAUAGCACAAAUAUCCCUCCUCUGCAUUCUUAUUCUCCUUUCCUGCUUUACGUUCUCCAUAGCACCUAUUAGUAUCUGCAAUUUUUCUUGUUUUUCAGUCUCAAACAAACUGAGAGCAGGUUAUUUUUGUUUACUGCUUUAUCCCUGGGGUCUAGAACAGAGCUUGAUAUUUGGUAAAUGACCACUAAGUAGUAUAAAAUGAAUGGAUAAUUGGGACAGAUAUUUCAGAAAGGAAUUGCUUAAACUUCGAGAAAAGACUUUCUUAAACUUGGUACAAAAGGACCUAGACUCAAGCAUUAGCCAGAAAGAAGGCCUCAGGUAUCCCAGACAGGGAGCGAAAUCAUGAAGAAUUUGGACCUAUUUUGUUUUAAGUACUGGAUGAUUGAUACAUAAUUACUUUUUUAGAUAGUUUGACUUGUAAAAUAAGUUAUAAAGUAAGUAUCAAAAUUAUUACUACUUGGGAAUAUUACCUGUGAUGCCUUGUAUCCAUACCUCCUUUGUGAUGUCAUCAAAUCACCUAAGGUAACAGAUAGAACUUCAAUUGUCUGUAACUUUCUUGUUGGAUUGGAUUAGCAAUUUUUUUUUUUUUUUUUUUUUCUUCUUAGGGCCACAUCCUUGGCAUGUGGAAGUUCCCAGGCUAGGGGUUGAAUCAGCUGCAGCUGCCAGCAUACACCACAGCCACAGCAAUGCCAGAUCCAAGCCGCAUCUGUGACCUACACCACAGCUCAUGGCAAUGCCAAAUCCUUAACCCACUGACAGGCCAGGGAUCGAACCUACAACCUCUUGGAUCCUAGUCUGGCUCAUUCACCACUGAGCCACGAAGGGAACUCUGGAUUGUAUGUUGACACUAGUAUGUUUUAUCCAGUUUGUUUCAGUUAAAGGUCAAAAGAAGGUACAAUGAUCUAAUGACCUUUAUAUAUUUAUAUAUUAUGAUUUUUUUUCAUUAUAGUUGGUUUACAGUGUUCUAUCAAUUAUCUGCUGUACAGCAUGGUGACCCAGUUACACAUACAUGUACAGAUUCUUUUUUCUCACAUUAUCACGCUCUGUCAUAGUUCCCAGUGCUACACAGCAGGAUCUCAUUGCUUAUUCAUUCCAAAGUUAAUAGUCUACAUCUAUUAACCCCAAGUUCCCAAUCCGUCCCAUUCCUUCCUCUCCCCCUUGGCAACCACAAGUCUAUUCUCCAAGUCCAUGAUUUUCUUUUCUGUUGACCUUUUAGUUCCAUUGUGAAACUUAAAGGGGAAUGUAUAAUAAAACAAACAUUACCCACUAUUCAAGUGAAGAAGUAGAACAGGUUAUUCAAGUUAAGAAAUAGAACACAGAAGCCACUUGUAGGUUCAUCCUCAAUUUCAAUUUAUCCUUUCCCUUGGGUAAUUCUUACAAACUAUCUAGACUUUUAUAUUAAUCAUCACCUGCAUGGUAUCCCUGUAAACACAAUAUCUUGUUUAGUUUUGAGCAAAUGAGAAGCAUAAAUCUAGCUCAGGGCAGUAUUUGCUACCAUUUGAUCAAGGCAUCCUCUCAAGGAUGAGCCAAAUAGUCUCUGAGUCUGACUUUAGCUCCUAGAGUUUACAAGAGCCCCAUAUGGAAAUGUCAGUGAGCCAGGUGAUGAGUGAGUCCCGGGGACACAAGUCACCACAGUUGGGGCAUCCUGUAUCUCCUGCCAAAAUAGGCUUAGUGGCUGUAUGCUCAUUUUGUGUUUUCAACUGCUGCACUACUGUGACCUCUCUACAUCUCAGGAGUUAGGUGCAGAACCUUGCUGUGGAAUGAAGUGAGUGUCCUCAGCUGAUCUAGACAAUCAGAGUAUGAAGGGAGCCAGAUAUAGAUAUAGGACAUGCUAUUCUCACGUUACAAAGGCAGUGAAUAUCUAGGUUGUGACAGCCUUCAGCAUAUCUGUGUCUUUAGUCAUAAACCUCGAGUCUGAACUGUUUGCUGUCUAGUUCUGGUGCCCAGCUAUUAUUCUGGGGAUCCCCUUCUUUCCCUCCUGGGUGUUGAAUUGCCUAUUUACUGUUACUUUUAUUCACCUUGUUGUGGAGCAUAUCCUCCAGUAAUUUGGGGUUUUUUGGGUUUCUUUUUUAACUUUUUUUGUCUGUUAGGGCCACACCCACGGCAAAUGAUGGUUCCUAGGCUAGGGGUCCAAUCGGAACUGUAGCUGCUGGCCUACACCACAGCAAUGCAGGAUCCGAGCCGAAUCUGUGACCUACACCACAGCUUAUGGUAGUGCUGGAUCCUUAACUGAGAAAGGCCAAGGAUGGAACCAGCGUCCUCAUGGAUACUAGUCGUGUUCAUUAACCACUGAGCUGCGAUGGAACUCCCUCCUCCAAUACUUUGUGAGACAGAGUACAUGGGAUGUAAAUUUUUUGAAAGCUUGCAUGUCUGGAAUUGUAUUCUACCCCCCACCAUUUGAUUGAUAGCUUGGCUGGGUAUAAAACACCAGGUUGUAGAUAAUUUUUCCUCAGAAAUUUAGAGAAUUUCCCCCCAUUUAGUUCGAUUUUUAGUGAAUCUGAAACCAUUCUGAUUUGUGAUACUUUGGUGGGUUUUUUGUUUUUUGUUUCUUGUUUUUUGUUUUUUUUGGUCUUUUGUCUUUUUAGGGCCACAUGUAUGGCAUAUGGAGGUUCCCAGGCUAGGGGUCUAAUCAGAGCUACAGCUGCCAGCCUACACCACAGCCACAGCAACGCCAGAUCCAAGCUGCUUCUGUGACCUACACCACAGCUCAUGGCAACGCCAGAUCCUUAACCCACUGAGAGAGGCCAGGGAUCAAACACGCAACCUCAUGGUUCCUAGUUGGAUUCAUUUCUGCUGUGCUAUGAGGGAUUCCUUAUACUUUGUAUGUUACUUUUUUUUCUUCUUACUUUUUUUUUUCUUCUCCAUGUUGGUAGAAUCUCUCCAGUGUUCUGAAAUUGUACUAUGACAGUGAUUGUUACAAAUCUGUUUUUAUUUGUGCUAGGUCCUCUCAACCAGGAGGCCUGUGUCCUUUGACUUCUGGAAAUAGUUUAAAAUUAUUUUUAUAUUCUUCAUUGCAUUUUCACCUUUUCUCUCCGAACUAUUACUUUGGAGUAGGACCUCCUGGACAGGUAUUACGUUUUUCUCCAUUUCUAUGCCAUUUUACUCUGAUUUUUUGGGAGAUUUCUCUAUAAUUGUAUCUUCCAACCUUGUAUUGAGUUUUUCAUUUCUCUUGAAGGCUUUUAAGUUCUAAAGAGCUUUAGCUUUCUCUUUGGUUUGCUUUGGGCUUACAUACUGGAGACUUUGCCCAGAUCUUUGGAAAUUCCUGACCAUGUUUUAAGAUUGGAGGAAGAAAUACUGGAAACUGGAUGGGUGGCAUUUGAUGAUUUUGAGCUUUUAUUGUAGGGUGGUCUGGGUAAGCUGUUUGAGAAUCUCUAAAGUCAGUGUCUUUAGAUCUUUCCCCAUGGAAUGAUUAUAUUCCCAGGGAAGCUUUCAUUCUGCCUUGAGAAUAAGGGUCUGGCAGGCAGAAUUUUGAGAGCUAAGUGAAAGAAGGUGGGCGUGGGAUAUUCUCUGCUUUCAGCAUUACUGUUCCUGAGAUUAAUCACUAGAUUAUACACACACAUAUGUAUAUAUGUACAUAUACAGUUAAUCCUCAUUAAUCAUGGGUUCCCUAUUUGUAAAUUUGUCUACUCACUAAAAUUUGUAACCCUAAAUUGGUACUCAGGGUGCUCUCAUGUGUUCUCGGACAUGCACAUGGCAGUUACGAAGUUGAGUCUCCCACACACACGUUCCCAGCUAAGGCAGAACAAGGUGAUGAUCUGUCAUUCUUGUUUCAGGUCUUAUACUAUAAACAAGUGUCCUUUUUACAGUCUACUUAAUGCCAUGCUUUUCAUAUUUUUGCACUUUUUCUUGAUGAUUUCACUGUUUAACAUGGCUCCCACGCAUAGUGUUGAAAGUCUGUCAUCUAGUGUUUCUAAGUGCAAGAAGGCUGUGUUGUGCCUUAUGGAGAAAACAUAUCUGUUAGAUAAUCGUGCAAGCAUGAGUUAGUGUGGUUGGCUGUGAAUCCAGUGUUAUUGAGUCAAUAAUAUAUGUAUUUAAACAAGGUGUCUUUAAACAGAAAUACACAAAACAAGGUUGUGUGUUGAUAGGUUGAUUAAAAAAAUGUUACGAUCCAGAAGUUCACAGGAGCCUAACUUUGUAUUUCCCCUAAGAAUAGUGAGUGAGUGAGUCAGUGUUUGCUCAUUUUGUGCUUGUAGGGACUUAUGGAAUAAAACUAGCAAAAUAAUGAGAAUCAACCAUGUAUAUGUGUAUAUAACUGUCUGUAUCUGCCUACCCAUGCCUUCAGGGGUGCCCUGUGUUGAUUCAUGCACAGACCUCCUCUCUUUCCUUUCUGGAAAGUAGACUUCUGCUACAGCUGGAGAAAGACAAUCACCCAGGGGGUGUGGGGGUGAAGGGGGGGUUCUUGGAAUCUUCCCCUCUCUUUAGAAAACUUUCAUCCUGAUCCUCCACGUUUUAGCAGUUUCUUCUUCCUCCUCAUGUAUCCUGUCCCUGUGUCAGAGGUUUGUGCUGCUCCAGGGGGUUCUCUGAUCUUGAUGGUUUCUGCAGUGCAAAUCUGGAUUGUCGUGUUUGUUCUACUAUCAGUUUGGGAAGUGGAUUUUGAUGAAGUUUUAUGUCCUCCAAGUUAGUUGUUAUGUCUGUCAGCUUUCCAGAUUCCAGUUUUUUAUUCUUGUUCUCUUUCCCCCCUGUCCUUGUGGUUCUCCAUGUUUUUAUGUCCAUAUACUGUAGUUUUUUUGGGGGGAGCAAAAAUAAAAUGGAGUAUUCUCUCUAUUGUCCCAACUCAGUCUCAAUUCCCUUUCUUGUUUUAUAACUCAUGUUCCUGAGACAAUAAGUUUUGGUCAGUAUGCCACCCCCUAUGCCAUAGAGCCCUGGAAGAUGUUAAUAUUGCUAAUUGCAUGUUCUGGACUGCAAAGGACUUAAGACUUUUUUGACUCACUGACAACUAAGUGAGAAAAUGUCUCCCUUUUUCCUUCUCUACAAUGCCUUUAUAAGGAAAUGUGGGUUGGUAGGUAUCUCUACAAAGCAUUCUUAACUUCCAGCUCAGAAAGAGAAUGUCUCCAAAGAAGACAUACAGAUGACCAAAAAACACAUGAAAAGAUGUUCAACAUCACUUAUUAUUAGAGAAAUGCAAGUCAAAACCACUCUGAGGUACCAUCUUACACCAGGCAGAAUGGCCAUCAUCAAAAAGUCUACAAACAGUAAGUGCUGGAGAGGGUGUGGAGAAAAAGGAACUCUAUUACACUGUUGGUGGGAUUGUAAAUUGGUGCAACCACUGUGGAAAACAGUAUGGAGAUUCAUGAGAAAACUAAAAAUAAAACUACCAUUUGAUCCAGCAAUCCCACUCCUGGGCAUCUAUCCAGAGAAAACCAUGACUCGAAAAGACACAUGUACUCCAAAAACUGCUCGUUGCAGCACUAUUUGCAAUAACCAAGACAUGGAAACAGCCUAAAUGUCCAUCGACAGAGGAGUGGAUCAAGAUGUGGUACAUAUACAUAAUGGAAUAUUACUCAGCCAUUAAAAGGAAUGAAAUACCAGCAUUUUUAGCAACAUGGAUGGACCUGGAAAUUAUCAUGCUAAGUGAAGUCAGCCGUACAAUGAGACACCAACAUCAAACGCUUUCACUGACGUGGAAUUUGAAAAAAAGGUCAGACAACUUAUUUGCAGAAUGGAUGCUGACUCAGACAUUGAAAAACUUACAAUCUCCGGAGGAGACAGUUUGGAGUGGGGGAAUGUGCUUGGGUUAUGGGAUGGAAAUCCUGUGAAAUUGGAUUGUUAUGAUCAUUAUACAACUACAGAUGUGAUAAAUUCAUUUGAAUAAUAAAAAAAA